AUGUCUAAGAGACCCAUUUCCAUAGAUGAACUAUUAAAAGAUGACGCAAGCAUACCCACAUAUAUUCCCAAAUCAAAGCGACCAAAAGAGGAUACUAAUUCGAAUGAACAAAAACAGCAACCCUUACCAAAGUUCCAAUCAUCAUCUACAUCAAAUAAAACUAAACCUCAAAAUAGAAUUGCAUCAAAUAUACCAAAACUAGAGCCAAUACGGCAGUCAUAUGAACCAAAAAAGAAGAAUAAGAAAUUUCAAUUUGAUUGGGAUGAUUCAGAGGACACAUCAAACGGUUUCAAUCCAAGUUUAGUUGAUAAUGAAGAAGAAGAUAAUAUUAAUGAUCCAUUAUUAAAAGAUAAAUCAAUUGGUCAUUGGUCUACUAAAAGUGUACAAGAAAUGACAGAAAGAGACUGGAGAAUUUUCAAUGAAGAUUACGGAAUCACUGUGAAAAACAGUAAUAAUAAAAAUAAUGAUUCUAAUACACCAAAUCCAAUAAGGUCAUGGGAUGAAAGUAAAUUGAAUUCAAAAAUUGUUGAUUUAUUAUACAAUUUUGGUUUUGAAACACCAACACCAAUACAAAGAUCUAGUAUACCCAUAGCUAUAGAGCAAAGAGAUUUAGUAGGUAUUGCGGAAACUGGUAGUGGUAAAACAUUAGCAUUUCUAUUACCAAUUUUUAAUUAUCUUUUAUCAAUUGAUUCAAAUUAUUUAAAGUACGAAAAAGUUAAAAAUGAAAAUUUAGUGUUGAUAUUAGCUCCAACUAGAGAAUUAGCAUUACAAAUUAAAAAAGAAGCUGAAAAUUUCUGUUCAAAAUUAGGAUUUAAUGUAUUAUCAAUUAUUGGAGGUCAUCAAUAUCAAGAUACUAUAAAUGAAAUUGCAUUAAAAGGUUGUGACAUAAUUGUGGGAACACCAGGUAGAUUAAUAGAUUCAAUUGAAAAAAAACUAUUUGAUUUGAGUAAGUGUUAUUAUUUGGUAAUGGAUGAAGCUGAUAGAAUGAUUGACAUGGGAUUUGAAAAAGACUUAAAUAAACUUUAUGAAUACUUACCAACUAAUACCAAAUUGCAAAAUUCAAUAGAUACUAGAAUUUUCAACCUUAAAAAUAAAAUUACGAUGAUGUAUACUGCUACAAUAACUCCAAUAAUUACAAAAUUAACAAAAUCAUUUUUAAUUGAUCCUGUUUAUAUUACAAUUGGAGGUGCGGGUGAAGCAUUGAACAAUAUAGAUCAAAGAUUUGAAUUAUUGAGUAACAAGCAAAGUAAUCUAGAAUCAAUUAAAAUCUCAAAAUUAAUCAAAUUAAUACAAUCUCAUAAUUACAAAAAUCCAAAUAGUUUAAUUAUAAUAUUUGCAAAUUUUAAAGAUACAGUAGAUAAUUUAUCAGUGGAAUUAGAUUCAAGAAAUUUUAAAACAACAACAAUACAUGGUUCUAAAACACAAGAAUCAAGAGAAUUGGCAUUACAACAAUUUAAAAAUUAUGAAAAACCAAUCUUGAUUGCAACAGAUAUAGCAGCAAGAGGUAUUGAUGUAUCAAAUGUUAAUCUUGUUAUAAAUUUCCAAAUGCCAAAACAAUUUGAUGAGUAUAUUCAUAGAAUUGGUAGAACUGGUAGAGCAGGGAAAUUUGGUGAAAGUUUUUCAUUUAUAAAUGAUGAAAAUGAUAAAGAAAUAUUUAUACCAUUAAAGAAAUUUUUGAAAAAAGGUGGUAAAAAAUUACCUGAAUGGUUAUACAGAUAUAAUUAA